AUGGCGAUGUAUUUUAAUGAUAAUGAAUGUGCAAGAGUGCUUAAAGUUCCUAUCGUACACAUGGAUGCGGUCGUUGGAGAUCCCGUCUAUCUUCCAUGCGAUAUAUCCACGGUGGAGCCUGGCGAUCAGGUGUUGUUAGUGUUGUGGUAUAGAGAGGAUUUAGGAACGCCCAUAUACAGCGUUGAUGCCCGCGAACGAGAAUUCAGCAUGGCUGAGCGAUGGUCGGACGAAAACGUUUUCGCCAACCGGGCUUACUUCAUGCCCGAGAAACAGCCCGCAGAAUUGGGAGUGGAUCAUAUCAGAGAGGCUGAUCAGGCUGUUUAUCGUUGCAGGGUCGACUUUAAGAUCGCGCAGACGAAAAACAGCAGAGUUAAUCUUACAGUGAUCGUUCCUCCACAGAAGAUCGUGAUCCACGAUGAGACUGGAAAGACGCUUACUACAGUCUUGGGACCCUACCCUGAAGGAGCGUCCUUUGUGUUACGGUGCGAUGUUUCAGGAGCCAAACCACCACCAAUAGUAACGUGGUAUCGAGAAGAUAGCUCCAGUGAAAGCCUCAUGUUAGAUGAACGAGAGAGGAUACAGACGCGCAUACCUUUGAGUAAUGUGAGCACAACAAUGGGAACAGGUAGCUCGACUUUUGUACGAAAUGAGCUGAGGGUAUCAGGGUUGGGAAGAAAUGAUGUUGGAAAGGUGCUGGUCUGCCAAGCGAAUAAUAAUCCAAAAACACAAGCCCUAACUGCUUCGUUGACCAUUGAUAUGAACUUCGGUCCAUUGGAUGUAAAAAUUUUGGGAUCCAAUCAACCCUUGUCAGCUGGAAGACGCUACGAUUUACUAUGUCAAAGUAGCGGGUCCCGACCUCCUGCCAGCAUUACAUGGUGGAAAAGCGGGCAAAGAUUCGAGAGGACGAAUCACACGACUUCGAAAGAUGGAAACACGUCAAUCAACACGUUGGCAUUCGUUCCAAAAAAGGAAGAUGAUGGAAAAUACCUUUCAUGUAAAGCUGAAAACAAAGCCAUUCCAUCAGUGGUGUUGGAAGAUGGAUGGAAGUUGGAAAUACAUUAUACUCCAGAGGCGAAAAUUCUCCUGGGCACAUCCUUGAAUCCUCAUAUCAUCAGAGAGGGUACUGACGUUUACUUUGACUGUAUCCUUAAUGCCCAUCCUUCGGUCUACAAGGUGGAAUGGAGACAUAACGGGAAACUUCUCAAUAUAAACGUGAACGCAGGUAUCAUUAUCAGCAACCAAAGUUUGGUCCUUCAAGGAGUAUCGCGAGCAACAGCUGGCAACUACACGUGUGUAGGAUAUAAUACGGAGGGAGAUGGCGAGAGUAAUCCGUUUUAUCUCAAUGUUUUAUAUGCACCUAGCUGCAAACCAAAUCAAACGAGAAUCUAUGGAGUAGCAAAACAAGAAAGAGCUCAAAUUAGUUGUCAUGUUGACGCUAAUCCUCCAGAUGUUCAAUUCAGAUGGACUUUCAACAAUUCGGCGGAUUCCGUUGAUGUCAGCCAAUCCUAUAUUGCCCGAAGUGGAACAUCAAGCGUGGUGUCCUAUACACCAAUGACCGAGCUAGAUUAUGGAACGUUGCUGUGUUUCGCUUCCAAUAGGAUAGGAAUUCAGAGGACACCUUGUGUUUUUCAUAUAAUAGCCGCAGGUCGACCGGAUCAAGUUCACAACUGCACCGUUCUGAAUAUUUCAAUGACGUCAUUUAACAUACGAUGUUCGGAAGGAUUUAAUGGAGGUUUGCCACAGUCUUUUCUUCUUGAGAUUCGUGAAAGUCAAUCUCAGGAUUUAAAAAACAACUUAACCUCCCCAGUGGCACGCUUUACUGUAACAGGACUAGAACCGGGGGCAUUAUAUCACGCAGUUCUGUUUUCGUUUAACGGAAAAGGUCGAAGCGAACCAGCCGUCAUCCAAGCUGCCACUUUGCGUUUACCAGAAAAACAACUCACAGCAGAAAAAGAGGGAAGUCGAUCGCCAGCUUUCCAAUUCACUCCAAUGAUGAGCAUUCUGAUUGGAGUGGUGUCUGCAUUAUUGAUCGUUGCACUGGUCGUCAUUAUGGUACUCCGGAUGCAGUGCACCCAUCAUAACGAUAUGCGAAUAAAAGGACACAAGGGUACUGCAGCAGCGGUCAGUAGGUCGAAUUUAGACCAUAGAGGAUCAGGAAGCCUUCCUACUUUAAGUGACAAAGGAGGUGGUAGCCCGAUAUCAAAACACGAUUCAAGUGCAGGCGAAUGUGACAGUGACGAAAAGAAUCCAGAUAUAAUUCCUCAAGCUUUAGAUGACGAUGAAGGUUCAGAGUACUCUAGAAAACGACAACACAUUUCUACAAUAGAAACAUCACCCAAUCGUACGCUACAGCACCAACCAGGAAAUUCGAAUUAUAUGGGAUUUUGCACUCUUAGAAACGGAAUGCCUUCACAUGAUUUGUCAGCUCAGCAAAAACUGUUGCCAGGUCCUCCACAAAUGAUAACUCCUUUCGCAUCUUGUACACUGCCCAGACAACCACCUCAACAGUGGCUCUACGGCCCCAUGAGUCACUUACCCCCAGGAGUGUAUCCAGUGGCGUAUCGGACAGGACCGCAUCCGCCGCAGAGGCAACAUCCGCAGACGAGGGAACCGCCAAUAGCUCUACAGCCCUUGUCGACGACUGAGGAGGAACCCUCCGCCGAAACACCGCUAGUGCCAAACAAAAGAGAAAGUACCGUCUGA